AACUCGUAGAUAUCUUUGUGAUAUUAGUGUUGAAUUGUAUAACUAUCUCAUCUAAUAAAAAUUUAAGCUGGUAGAAAGAGUAUAUUUAUAUUAUUUAAUUAUAUCUUCAACGUGCUAGCUCUUCACGUGCAUAAUUGUUUUUUUUUUUUUUGGGUCAGGCACAUUAAAUUCUUUUUGAUGAUGAGUGACUCAAUAAGACUUGAACUCGGGAUUUCUGUCUACUUAAAGUGUGUGAUCAUCUCAUGUACAAGUUUAAGCUUAAACUGCUGCAAAGAAUAUAGUUAAUUACUUAAUUAUUUUUAAUACUUAAAGUGUCAUAAUUUCCUUAGGGUAUCAAUAGUACAUAAGUUAAACUACUACCCCAUCCUUGUUUAUCCACUUGUUCCAUAACUUCAUUAUCUCUUCUCUCAAACUCACCAUUCUCCUUUGGUUUCAGUGCCUGUUUUCUUUUCUUUUCUUUUUCUUUUUGUAUAUAUAAUAUUCCACUUUAUAACCUAUCUUAUUAUCAAUCACCACUACUCACACAACUUUAACAAUACACCACACAUUUUUGCAGAAAGACAUGUUGGCAAUGGAAGAAAUAAUGUGUGAACUGAAUAGAGAGGACAUGAAUGAACAAGGCCUUCCACCAGGUUUUAGGUUUCAUCCUACUGAUGAAGAGCUUAUCACUUUCUACUUAGCCUCCAAGGUUUUCAACGGCACCUUUUGUGGUAUUCAAAUUGCUGAAGUUGAUCUCAACAGAUGCGAGCCCUGGGAACUUCCAGAAAUGGCAAAGAUGGGGGAGAGAGAGUGGUACUUUUUUAGCUUGAGAGACAGAAAAUACCCAACCGGGUUAAGAACAAACCGGGCAACAGGAGCGGGUUACUGGAAAGCAACAGGGAAAGACAGGGAAGUGUACAGUGCAACAAAUGGAGCACUCCUUGGGAUGAAGAAAACACUUGUUUUUUACAAAGGAAGAGCUCCAAGGGGUGAGAAAACUAAGUGGGUCAUGCAUGAAUAUCGUCUUGAUGGUGAUUUCUCUUACCGUUACUCUUCUAAGGAGGAAUGGGUGAUAUGCAGAAUACUUCACAAAGUAGGGGAGAAGAAAAAUCCAAUAUAUCAAGCUGCUGGACAAAACUAUGGGUACCCCACUUUAAAAACAUGGUCAUCAGCAUCCUCAACUUUUCAUAACACAGCACUGAAUUCGCCUUUAGUUGAAAUAACACCAAAUCCAAAAACAGCCUCAACAUUAUGGCAACAAGAAUCACAAAACUCAGUGCAAUCACUGCACAACCUUUAUCUAUUUCACCACCAUGAAAACGACCUCAUGAAAUCCCUCUUUAUGAAUCCCCCCAUUAAUAAUAAUAAUGUUUCCCAAACAAACCUCUUCCCAAUGAAUAAUGGUACUACUCCUGCAUUUUCCUCCACCAUAAAUUCUGCAGCUACUACCAAAAGAUACAAAGAUGACAAACAAGAAGUACUAGACACAAAUAAAAACUCGUCUCCAUCAUCCAACAUGCUUUUCAUCAAUCAACAAAUCUGUGCUUCUUCAAAGAAAAAUGAAACAUUAUUGAAAACAGAAGGCUACUUUUCUCCAUAUGAUCAAAACCCUAUGCCUAAUGCUUUUGGGAUGAAUUCGGAUUGGAGUUUAGUGGGCAUAGAAGGAAUGAUGGCUUGUAGUAGUCAGUUGGAUCAUCAAAUGGAUUGUCCCAUCAAAGUUGCUGCAGAAUCUUGGCCUCUCGAUCUCUAAAAAAAGGAAGAUUUGUUUAUCAUAAUUACGUACUACAGUAGAUGAUAUAGUAAUUAUAUAUGACUAGCUAGUGUUAUGUCAUCCUCUAUAUAUAAACAGCUACAAUCUAGCUAGCUAGGAUUAAUAUGUAAUGUCUAUGUAAUUAUUUCAGGAUGCUCUAUUCUGAAACAUAUAUGUUG